GCCUCGCCCUCCUCCCCCGCGCCGCGGCGUCUCGCCGGCGACCGCCUCCUCCCCCCCUCCACCUUCCUCUCAUGGCGGCCGCGCAGCGGGUGACGGGCGGCGGCAGCGGGCUGUGGGGCCCGCAGCCUACGCCCGCCGCGGGGCCGGGGCCGGGGCGGGGGGCCCCGUUCCCCGCCGCCGCUGCCGUGGAGAGCCUCCUCGACGCGCCCUUCUCCGACGGCGGCGGCGGGCUCGCCGGCACCGUCCUCCUCGGGUACCCUCAGGGCAACUUUGGAGUUUUCCCUGAACAGGACCUAGCACCGCUAACAGUAACAGCCCAUUCUAAGUGCACUGCAGUCAGUCAAGCAGAGAACCAAUCUUUUGUCCCUUUGGCCGCGUCACCGCUGAUAUCCCAGCAUGUCGGUUCUUCUGUAAAUAUGACACCAUUUCAAGAAAUGCUGACUUUGCCGUCUCAAAUAAGUAAUGUCAACACUGAAUCUAGUGGUGUGUUGCAAGGACUCCCAACUUCAUCCAUCGUUCUGGAUAGACCUGAUGACGAUGGCUACAGUUGGAGGAAGUAUGGUCAGAAGGCAGUGAAGGGUGGGGAAUAUCCAAAGAGCUACUACAAGUGCACCCAUCUGAACUGUUUGGUCAGGAAAACUGUGGAGCACUCUGCAGAUGGACGAAUUGUUCAGAUAAUUUACAGAGGUCAACACACUCAUGAACGGCCCUCGAAAAGGAGGUUUAAAGAUUGUGGCAGCCUAUCAGAUGAUUUAGACGACUUCAGUGCCAACACAGGAUCUUCAGCUAGAACACAAACAGACUAUGAAGAUUACUGCAGAAAGCCUAUAAUACCGAAUGGCACAACGGUUGGUCCUUUAGUGAAAAAGAUGGAAGAUGGCGAUGACCAAUUAUCUGGAUCAAGCGAUAAUCAGGAAGAGCGUGAUGAUGAGAUGAGGACUGCUGAUGCUCCUGCUGGUGAUUCCAGUGCAAAGGAAAGGAAUGUGCCAGCUCCAGGUCAAAAGAUUAUAGUGAGUACAACCAGUGAGGUCGAUCUUUUGGAUGAUGGAUACAGGUGGCGAAAGUAUGGGCAGAAAGUGGUGAAAGGAAAUCCUUUUCCAAGGAGCUAUUACAAAUGCACCUACCUGGGCUGCGAUGUGAAGAAGCAAGUUGAGAGAUCUGUUGAGGAACCAAAUGCUGUGAUAACCACAUACGAGGGGAAGCAUAUCCAUGAUGUGCCUGCUGCAAGGAAAAAAAUCCAUGACGUACCUAAUGCAUCUGUAUUGCAGAACACAAAGUCGAAUACCUACUGCACAGAGCAAGCUUUCAGAACGAUCACUUGCUAGAUUUUGCAAUGAAUCGGCCUGAUCGUUUUUCUAAAGCCGUGUAUUUUAUUUCUGAUUGCUCAUCCACUAACAAGGCAAUUGCAGGCACCAUUGUGACCUGGAUUUGAUUUGCAUUAAGUGUAACAUUCUGCUGUUUGGAAACACCCAAAUUGCAAUAUUGUUUUCUGCAAGGGUCAUUUCAAUGGAACGUGCAAAAGUUGUUAUUUCUGAA